AUGUCAUCUGCCGCUGGUAGCGAGCCGUUCCAGUGCCCCACGCACGGGCCCAAGCAUGCCUUCUUCCUCUCGCAUCGGCGCUCAUCCGACGAGCAGAUUGCCCGAGACCUCAAGCGCCUCCUGGCUUCGGUCGGCCAGCGUCGCCAUGGCGAGCCCAUCUCGGUCUUUCUCGACUCGGACUGUCUCGACGGGACAGCUGGCGUCUCCACCGAUGCCCUUCCCGGCAGCGCCGUUGCCGUCCUGCUCGUCAGCAAGUCGUCCAUGAACGGAAUGAAGGAACUCGCCGACCAGGGCGAACCCGACAGCGUCGUCGACGAAAUCAGGACAGCCCUGGAUCUCAAGGAUGCCAAGCCAGACCUGCCUGUCCUGCCGCUGUGCAUUGCGACUCUGGAGGAUGGUGGCUACAUUGACUUCAAGCCGUAUAUGAUGUCUUUCCCCAGCGACCCCAAGUUUGCCUCGCUCAAGCACACCAUCGACCGCAUGAACCAGAUCCAGAUGUACGGCUUCCGCCCCGACCAGCCCCACAAGCGUCUCUACCGUCUGCUCACCCUCUUCAGCCCCAUCUUCUCCAACCCCGGUCUCCGCGACGCCAUCCCCACAAAGUACUAUGUCGACAACCUGUUCCUCGGCGACAUGGGCCAUCUGGACUCGCUCCUUCGUCAGGUCACCCUGACUGGUCGCGCCGUCGUCUCGGGCAUGGGCGGCAUGGGCAAGUCCGUCCUGGCUCGCCAGUUCCUCCAGUUCAUGAUGGGCACUCUUGCCGUCAGCAACGACGGCGAACUCGACGGCUUCAAGCUCGAAACUGUCGGCAUCAAGCCGCAGUACAGCCGCAUCUACUGGGUCAACUGCGCGACCGAAUCGACGGCCCUCGACAGCCUGGUCGACAUCUUUCCGCACAUCAAGCCCGGCGAGAUCAAGCAGCAUGCCUCUCGGAUCCUCUCCCAGAGCCGCGAGUAUCUCCUGGUCCUCGACAAUGUGGACGACAUGGCCGUGGUCGACUCGGUGUUUGAGCACUCUGUCGCGGCCGGAUUCAGCGGCGACGUCGUUGUGACGACCCGGUUGUCGGCUCUCGACGAAGGACCCUUCCUCACGGCCCUCGGGGCCAAGCUUGACGACUUCCAGCAGGCUCCACUCCGCCUCGAGUCGUGGAAGAACGAGACAGCCUUUGACUACAUCCUGGCGACAUCGCCAAUGAUUGCCGUGAAGGUGGGCACCGACCAGGACCGAGCAACGCUCCGAAAGCUCAUGGACCGGAUCAACGGAUAUCCCCUCGUGAUCCAGACGGUGCGGAUCUAUGCCGAAUGCAACGACACGCCGAUCGACGAGAUCGAGGCGCAGUUUGCCCAGGCACUCGAGGAGCAGGAUGGCGAAGACGAGACCCGGUCGUCGCUCAAGGUGAUCGUGGAUCUGUCGAUGAGCACGCUGCUGAAGAAGGGUGCAGUGGGAGUCGAGGCAUGUCGGCUGUUUGGGGCGAUCAGCCUGCUGGCGCCAGACGACAUUCCUCUCGAGCUGAUCACAGCGAUUGCGCAGAAGAUGGAGCUCUCGGCCGAUGCUGCCCAUCUCGUCAAAAUGGUGUGCGAGAGUGGUCUGCUCCGGCCCGGGCCCGACGAGCAGUACUACACGCACUCGCUGACGCAGAGAGUCGCCCACGAGUGGGUCGUCGAACAUGGCGAGCUCAACAGCGACCGGAUCGAAGAUGCCACUGGCGAAGCGCUCCUAGAUAGGAUCAAGAUUCCAUGCAAUCGCAAGGACUUGGAGCUUGGUCGCCACCUCGACCUAUAUGCCCGCAACACUGUUCCCGACAUCCUCACCAAGAGACUCCACUUUGAGGUCCUCACCCGCAUGGGUCGCGUCACCGAGUCCAGAGGCGCCUAUCGGGAAGCAGAGAGCAUCUUCACGUUGCUGUUGCCAAAGAUCAUUGCUUUCCACGGCACACGACAUCAUAGCGAUGUCGCCGCCAAUAUGAGCAACAUGGCCGUCCUCUAUUCUGCGCUGGGACGCCACGAGGAUGCACUCAAGUACUUUGAGGAGGCGAUAGACCUUCUUUCCAACCUGUUUGGAACCCGGCGAAACCUUGCGGUCGCCCGGAUUAUCGGCAAUGCCGGUGAUUCCCUCAGAAACCUGGGGCGCCUCCCCGAAGCGGCAGCGCACAUGCAAGAAUCGCUCGAUAUCAUGAUCGAGAGUAUUGGAACCCGCGAGCAUCCUCUUGUUGCCACGACGCUCAACGGCCUGGCAGGUAUCUUGCAAGACCAAGGCCGUUUCAAGGAGAGUUUUGAGCUCUAUCAAGAGGCGUAUGAUCUCAUGAUCAGGUUUCCAGAGACCAGCAGCGACAUUACCAUUGGGACCGUGCUCUCCAACAUGGGAUCAGCCGCCCUGAAAGUAACUCGCUACCAGGUGGCACUCGAGUAUCUUCAACAGGCGCUCGAUAUCCGCCUCAGGGUGUUUGGAACACGCGAGCAUCUCGAUAUCGCCACGACCCUUGGGGAACUCGGCAUCGUAGCCUUGCAUCUUGGGCAAUACGAGAGCGCAGCCAAUUAUCUCAAAGAGUCGCUUGACAUUACCGUCAGGAGCGUCGGGACAAGGGAGCACUCCGACGUUGCCACGGCCUUGACCAACCUCGGCACCCUUGCAAGCUGUCAGGGUCUUACCGCACAAUCGCUUGCCCUGCACAUGGAAGCACUGACCAUCUUUCGAAAGGUCUUUCAAAACAAGCCCCAUCCCCUCAUCAUCACGGCCCUCUGCAACAUUGGCGAUGUUUCCAAGUCCCAAGACGAUCCCGUCGGCGCCUUGUCACGGUAUUUCGAAGCCAUGGAGAUGGCAGCGAGUGUAUACAGCACCCGCGACCACCCCAAGAUCGCCUCGAUUCUGGUCAGGAUGGCAUCGAUUGUUGGCGAUAUGAAUAUGUUUGAUCAAGCCCGCGGCUUCUACCUGCAAGCCCUCGACAUCUAUGUCAAGGUGUAUGGGACUCGAGAGCAUGAGGAUGUCGCUCUCUUGCUCAACAACCUGGGGUGUGAUGCCCGCGUCGAGGGAAAGCUCGAUCAAGCAAUGGAGUACCUGCGGGAAGCGCUCGAUCUGCGUAUCAAGAUCUUUGGCACCAAGCUGAACCCCGAUGUUGCCGAGUCGAUCAAUAACAUUGCGGCAGUUGAAUGGAACCGUGGUCACAGCGACGAAGCCAUUGCACACCUUGGGGAAGCCCGUGACAUUCUGAUCACGGUGCACGGCUCCAAGCAGCAUCCAAAAGUUGCCAGGACAAUCAUGAAUAUGGCCGAGAUCUACCGCAGCCAGAGCCGCUACCGAGAAUCCACUGCUGCUUUCCAGGAAGUCAUUGAGAUACAGAUGCAGAUCGAUGAGAACCGAAAUCAUCGCAACGUUGUGCGCUCUCUUGACAGUAUUGCUGAGAUGGCUGAAGAUCUGGACGAUGUCGACGAGGCUCUGGAGGCGCUCCAAGAGGUCUUGGUCAUCCGCAAGUCAAACGGCGAUGAGGCCGCCACGAUGAAGCUGCUUCACACAAUGGCCAAACUGGCAGGCGAACACAGCCGCUUUGUUCAGGCUCAGACAUAUAACAGCGACUUGCUGGAACUGGCCGUCAGGCUGCUUGGCACCAGAGAACACCAGCUAGUCGCAGAAACACUCAACAAUAUCGGCCUGGCUUUGUCUGCACAGUCCUCCUUUGAAGAAGCCGUGAAGUAUCAUCUCGAGGCGCUCGAUGUCGCCCUUCGACUGCACAAGUCCCGCGAACACGUUGACGUUGCGAGCAUAUUUGUCAACCUUGGCAAUGCCGAACACGGCUGCGGGCGCUUGGAAGAGGCCCAGCAGAGGUACCAGGAGGCCCUCGAUAUAUUCUCCAAGUUGAUUGCGACGGUCAAGGAAUGGACGGUGCUGCCGGGGACCCAAAUGUAG